AUGCAGCAACAGGGACAACCACAGCCCGGGUUUACACCCACGCCGCCCGGCCCCAUCACCACACCACUCACAACCAUCCUCGGCUGCCAGCAUCCCAUCAUGCUCGCCGGCAUGGCCGAGGUCUCCGGCGGCCGCCUCGCCGCCGCCGUCGCCAACGCCGGCGGCUUCAGCGUCGUCGGCGGCUACCAGUGCACCCCCGAGCAGCUGCACCACGCCAUCACCGACAUGAAGUCGCAGCUCCGCCACCCGGACCUCCCCUUUGGCGUCGCCGUCGCCAUCCCGCAGUGCGGCGGCACCGCCCGCAAGACCAACCGCGACGUCAGCCGCGGGCGUCUCGACGAGCUCGUCGCCGUGACCAUCCGCAGCGGCGCGCGGCUCUUCGUCAGCACGGCCGGCGUGGCCCCCGCGCCGGUCAUCGCGAAGCUGCACGCGGCGGGCGUGCUGGUGAUGAACUUGGUCGGCCACCCGCGGCACGCGGAGAAGGCGCUGGACGCGGGCGUGGACAUUGUCUGCGCGCAGGGCAAGGAGGGCCGGGGCCACACGGGCGAGGUGCCGUCGUCGAUCUUGGUGCCGGCCGUCGCGGCGGUGGCUAGGCGGCACACACCGCCGAUGCUGCGAGCGGCGCGGGGGCGCGGCCGGCGUGUGGGUGUGCACGCGGUUCGUGGCCUCGGAGGAGGCGAGCGCGUCGGAGGCGGCGAAGCGCGCGAUCGUGGACUGUCCGUUCGGGGGCACGGAGCGCACGCUGGUGCUGACGGGGCGGCCGCUGCGCAUGCGCGCCAACGAGUACGUGAGGCGGUGGCAAGGGCGAGAGGAGGAGGUGAGGAGGCUGUGCGCGAGGGGGGUGGUGCCGAUGGAGGAGGAUAA